AUGGAAGGUGCUGAUCCAGAAUAUGGUAGCCAAGCCGAUUUUAUAAAAGAUGAAUUUAAUUUUGGGGUUGACGAGAAAGAUCCGUACACCAAGGCUCUACUAAAUGAAGAGCCGAAAAAGGACGAGUGGAUGGACAUCCUGGGCAAUGGCCAGCUUAGGAAGAAGACUAUUGUCAAAGGACAAAAAGGCACUAGACCUAAUCAGGGUGAUUUGUGCACUGUUGACAUUACGGGUAGCUUAACUGAAGACGGGAAAAAUAUUAUUGAAACUUUAAAGGCUGUUACAGUCCAGCUUGGUGAUCACGAAGUUAUUCAGCAUGUUGACAUGGAGCCAGACAUUGAUAGUUUGACUGUAACACAGAGGAAGGCUAUUGGAAAUAAAAAACGAGAAAGAGGCAACUGGUGGUUUUCGCGUGACGAACCAAUAAUGGCGAUCCAGUGUUACCGCAGAGCCCUAGAAUUUUUACUGCCUGGUGACAACUACGAUCCAAAAAAAUUCAAAGACGAAAAAAUAUCAGACAAUGACUUGGAAAUACUUUUGGAAGAUAGAACGAAGGUCUACAAUAAUCUAGCGGCUGCUCAAAUAAAAACCGAGGCUUAUGAAGCCGCUCUUGAGAGUGUUGACAACGUUCUAAGAACAGAGCCACACAAUGUCAAGGCCUUGUUUAGAAAAGGACGAAUUCUUCACAAGAAAAGUGAAUACACAAGUGCCGUAAAAGUAUUCCAAGAAGCCGCGAAACUAGAUCCCGAGUCCAAAGCCAUUCAGCAGGAGUUAUUAAUCCUCAAGGAAAAAAGCGCUCGUGAAAAUAUCUACGAGAAAAAAUUGUAUCGCAAAAUGUUGGGAGGCUUCAAGGCUGAAAAUUCUUCUCCUGCAGAUAGUAAAAUACAAUCCAACUCCUCAAAACCACGAAGUAAGAGUAAAUUAGCUAUCUGGAGUCUUAUCGGUGGUACACUUGCUACAUUCGCCGGUAUCAUAGUGUAUAAAUUAACGCUUUAA